UCUCGUACAACGUCAAUUAAACAACUUCGGAAAAAACUAGAGGACAUUGUAUUGGGUGCACUUAGAUAAGACAUAAAAUAUUCGGACAAAGAAGGAAGUGCUGGUAGAAGUGAGAUUCGGAGGAAGCUUGGUAAUAGAAUAGAAAAAAAAGAUAAAAUAUUCAACAUAAACAUCAGGUUAAAGAAGAAGGAGAAGUGAAAAAAUAAAAUAAAAAAGAACAUGUCAAAAUCGGACGCAGUAGCCAAUGGACUUGCCGGAGCAGGUGGCGGUAUUAUUGCUCAGAUAAUCACUUAUCCUCUUCAAACGGUAAAUACGCGUCAGCAAACAGAGAGACUGGCCAAGAAGAAGAGUAAAAUUAACAAUGACUCUUCCCCUAAACGCCGUGUAUCUGCACCCAGCACGCUUCUUCAAAUCCUUCAGGUCAUUAGAACCGAAGGUUGGGGUGGACUUUAUAGCGGCCUUAGGCCUUCUCUUCUUGGAACUGCUGCUUCUAUGGGCAUUUACUACUAUUUUUAUCAAGUUUUCAAGAACAAAGCUGAGGCCAUUGCUGCUGCCCAUAAAGCUAAAGGACAUGGAGAUGGUACUGUUGGCAUGUUUUCUUGGCUUGUUGUGGCUGCUAUAGCUGGAUCCUUGAACGUUUUACUUACGAACCCCAUAUGGGUUCUCGUGACUCGUAUGCAGACACAUACUCAAGCAGAAAGAAAAAUAACGGAGGGAAAGAAAGAGGCUUUAUUGAGGGAAGCAUCUGAAAGUGGCUCAACUGGCACGACUUUACAGGAGAAAUUGACUGAACUUGAUUCAAUAAAACCUCGUCCUUAUGGAACUUUACAUGCGGCAUGUGAAGUUUAUAAUGAAGCUGGAAUUACUGGAUUUUGGAAAGGAAUUAUCCCUACCCUUAUUAUGGUCUGCAAUCCAUCCAUCCAGUUUAUGAUUUAUGAGACAACCUUGAAACAUUUAAGGGCAAAACGCUCUGGAAGCAAGCAGGGGCAUAAAAAUGUUACUGCUCUGGAGGUUUUCUUACUAGGGGCCUUGGCGAAACUGGGAGCAACUGUCUCAACAUACCCCCUAUUGGUUGUCAAGUCACGGCUUCAAGCAAAGCAGGAGAUUGGUGGAAGUAAUUCAUUGAGAUACUCAGGUACUCUUGAUGCAAUUAUUAAAAUGAUCCGCUAUGAAGGGUUGCGUGGCUUUUACAAGGGGAUGGGCACAAAGAUUGUACAGAGUGUUUUUGCAGCUUCUGUACUUUUCAUGGUUAAGGAGGAGAUUAUUAAGGGUUAUGCAGUACUAGCAGAUAAGAGCAAGAAAGUUCUAGUAAAUUUGCGUAAUUGAUUUGUUCACUAUAUAUAUAUAUAUAUAUAUAUAGGAGGGAUAACUCCGCUGUGGUGGUUGUCCUGCAACGAGGCAACUAUAAGAGGUCAUGGUGGACAUGGAUGCCUCAUGAUUGACCUGUCUAUAACUAAGAUUUGGCUUACAAGCACGUUGAAAUUCUGUAAGCCACUUUAGGAGAAUGUUGCCUUAUGGGUGUUCAAGAUUAAGGAAUAGCCCAAUCAUCAGCAUUGGACAGUGGUUCCUCCUGCAGAAUCGGUCUUGAGUGGUUCCAUCAACAAUGAACACUUUUUGUUUUAAGCUUUUCAUGAAGGAAGCAUCUGGAGAAGAAGAAUAUAUGGAAUCCUGUUGUCUGCUUAGAUAUUAGAAGCAAAGGAUUGUUUGCAGGUCUUGUUUAUUUCUUGUUUUGCUAAACUGGGAUGUGUAAAGUUGUUUUGGCUGUGCUGAAAUGUAAUACAGCUGUUUAUGUUUAUGUUUUUUGCCGGAAAGAAAAUUCAAAGGCAAGACUGGUAUUGGGUAUUGCAAUUGAGCUUUGACCUUAAAUAGAUUCCUACAGCAUCACUUUGUC